UGAUGUUAAACUUUGUAAGCCCGGCCAAGUGUCAACUACCUCUCAAAUAAUGAAGAAAACUCCGAAACCUCAAGUAACUAACUUUUCCACACAAACUCUUACAAUUCCCACCUGUUGCUCUCACAGUCUCACUGGUUCAUCACGACACCAAAUACCGAAGAUGGAUUUUCUCAAAAACCCAAGAUAAGGAUUUCUCUCAUAUCCACUUCUCUUGUUUUUUGAGUUUCCCAUGGUCCGUGUUGAAAUUUGAGUUGUUUUUUCAUUUGGGUUAUCGAUUUUUUUGUGAAAAAUUCUUGUUUUUCACUCCAAGUUUCGAAAGGACCAUGCUCUUUGCAAUUCUCUAGUUCCGUGGUGCAUGCUGUAUGUAGUAGCUUAAUCUAACUGUUUUCUGAGAUGGGUUCCUUCACAAAGUUCAUGGCAUCUGCUAUUUUCUUCAUAGUUUUAUCAUUUUUUCUUGUUCCUACAAGAACCCAAGAAGAAGGAUUCAUAUCUUUUGUCAUAUCCAGCAAGGGUCUUGAGUUUUCUAAGGACUUGCUAAUAGAGCAGGCUGUUUCCUCUAUAAUCCCCCUUCAACUGCCUCAGAUUGAAAAGUCUGUGAAAAUCCCACUUGUUGGCCAAGUUCAUGUUGUUCUGUCCAAUAUCACAAUCUAUAAUGUUGAUAUUGCUUCUUCAUAUGUGGAGACUGGUGACUCAGGUAUUGCUUUAAUUGCUUCAGGAGCCACGGCAAAUUUGAGUAUGGAUUGGUGCUAUUCUUAUAGCACUUGGUUAUUUGAUAUUUCAGAUCAUGGGGACGCCUCCAUUCAGGUUGAAGGUAUGGAAGUGGGUGUUACCUUAGCUUUGAAUGGCCAAGAAGGAACUCUUAAGCUGUCUGUUUUGGAAUGUGGAUGCUAUGUGAAAGAUAUCUCCAUUAAGUUAGAUGGUGGAGCAUCUUGGCUUUACCAAGGGUAUGCAAUCCUCUUAAUCAACUUUGCUAUGAGAAAGACUUAUGUGCCUCUUUGUUUCUGUCAAAGGUUAGUGGAUGCUUUUGAAGGUCAAAUAGUUUCUGCAGUUGAAGACAAUAUUUCCAAGAAAAUCAGAGAAGGAAUAAUGAAGCUUGACUUCUUACUACAAUCACUUCCAAAACAAAUCGCACUGGAUGACAUUGCUGCUUUGAAUGUUACAUUUGUGGGCAAUCCUGUAUUCAGUAAUUCUUCCAUUGAAUUUCAGAUCAAUGGUCUAUUCAUGGCUCCCAAUGAUGAUUUUGCUUCCAGCCUAUACAAUAAGGGUUCACUAGAUCCUGUUCCCUUCAAUGCUCCAGCUAAGAUGGUUGAGAUAUCAUUACAUGAAAAUGUCUUUAGCUCAGUGUCCUUAGUUUUCUUCAAGGCAAAUUAUAUGCAAUGGGUGAUCAACAAAACACCAGAUCAGUCCCUUUUGAACACUGCUGGAUGGAAAUACAUUGUUCCUCAACUGUACAAGCAAUAUCCCAAUGAAGAUAUGGAGCUUAAUAUAUCUGUCUCUUCUCCACCAAUAAUGACAGUUGUUAACAAUGGCAUUAAUAUCACUGUUUACUCUGAUGUGACAAUUGGUGUCAUGGAUGCUGAUGAAGUAAUACCAGUUGCGUGCAUAUCAUUGGAGAUUCAUGCUUCAUGUUCUCCAGAUAUCUUAAUAAAUAAACUAGCUGGUACUGUUAAAUUGAAUCAUGUUACUGCAUAUUUGAAGUGGAGCAAAAUUGGUAACCUUCACAUGCAUCUUGUUCAGGCCGUAUUGUCAACAAUUCUCAAAACUGUUGUGGUGCCAUAUGUGAAUUUACACCUCUGGAAGGGACUACCUUUACCACUUCCUCAUGGGUUUACACUACAUAAUUCUGAAAUCGUCUCCAUUAAUUCAAGGCUUACGAUAUUCAGCGAUGUUGCGAUUGCAGAACGAUCACCGACAUCAUAUUUUCUGCAUUUGGAUGAACUGGGUAUUUUGGUGUCUGGUGCAUGCACGUCCUCAGUCUUUGACAAAAGUACAAGAUAUUGAAGAGACAAUUUGUUCUUUGGGAAUCUGAUGUUUUUAUUCGAAACCAUAAAGUGGGUCAAGUGUGAUUACAAAUUUCCUU